AUGAUGGGAAACCAGAACUGCCAUGCAGAGAUCACUUUUGAAGACAGUGUCAAGUGGCUUGGGCGAUUUCGCCUCGUCAAGACAUCCUCUCCACCACAGGAAGUCCGUGACUGGAUUGUCCGAAGCGAAGCUACCACCAUGAUCCAUCUCCAGCACACCUCUAUUCCAACGCCCAAAAUUUUUGACUGGGCAUGCGAAUCCGAUCCCACGAACCCUAUUGGAGUGAGCUAUAUUUUGAUGGAAAAGUUGAACGGAAAAUCCCUUGAUUGGCAAGAAGCAAACUCUGAACAGAAAGAGAAGGUCAUGCAACAACUAGCCGACAUUUUUCUCGAAAUCGAGAAAUAUCCUUUUGAAAAACUAGGAUCACUUGGAUUUGCUGUGAGAGAUACAAUAGAGGUCCAAGGCCUCGCCCAUCAAGCAACCUUCCAAGUAGGACGUGGACCACUAGGUCCCUUCUCCUCAUCGCUAGAGGGAUCAAAGGCCAUCCUCAACUCCUAUCUUACAAUGAUCGCGAAUGGUGAAAUCGAUGCCCGUUGUCCAGUCGAUACCUACCUCGUCCAUCGAUUUCGCCUAGAUGUUCUAGAAGAUCUCUGGGGAGACACGCCAUCGGGCCAGUUUUUCCUUAAGCACCCUGAUGACAAGGGCGAUCAUAUCCUAGUCAAUGAAUCCUUUGAUAUCGUGGGGAUCAUUGACUGGGAAUGGUCUCAAACGGUUUCCAAGGCCGAAGCUUUCAGCUCUCCCUGCAUGAUGUGGCCAUUGGAAAAAUUCUAUGAGGGAUCCAAUGAACUCGGCACAGAUGAAUUGCGAUUAGCUUCAAUUUUUCGGGGAAAAGGCCGUGAAGACCUUGCUAAGUAUGUCGUUGAUGGCAGAAAGGUCCAAAGAUUCUUUUUUUCCCUUGGUACUGAAAGUUCGUUUUUGGAUAUGGAAACCCUGCAUCUUUUGUUUUCUGGGCUCCAGCGGGCCUUUUCCACUGAAGAGAAAUGGGGACUGUGGAAGAAACAGGCUCUCGAAGAUUGGAAGGAUGAUAAGCUUCUGUGUGCCUUGAUAAAGUUAGAAUAG